AAACAAAACUAAAAACCCACUCGCAAUCACAAAAACACUUGGUUUUCAAAGUGUCAUCAUCAACAGCGCCACACCCGGGAAAUUCUCCGUUGUUAUUCCGGUGCUCCGAGCUUGGUGAAUUAAAUGAAGGGGUCGUAGAUUCAAUCAUUCAAUUCCAUUUUCUCAUUUUAGUUGAUUGAUUGAGGUUGAAGGUUUUGAUUAUAUGUUACGGGGCAGUGUAUUGUGUUUAAGGUGGUGCUGUGCUGGUGAUUUGCAUUUUCUGUCUUUUCAGAAUAAAGGGUUUUGGAUGCCAAGGGAUGCUGGCUGUUUAACUAACGAAAAUGUUGGAUAUGAUGGUUCUUCAAGAAUCGAGCCAAAGCGAAGUCAUCAGUGGUUUAUGGAUACAGGUGAACCAGAAAUAUUCAGCAACAAGAAACAAGCAGUUGAAGCUGUUGGUGACAGGCCAGUUUCAGCUGUGAAUGUUUCUCAAUGGGACACCAGUUCGGGAUUUCACUCGGUGGUAGGCCAAUUUUCCGACCGUCUCUUUGGAUCUGAUCUUUUACGGUCUGUCAAUUCAGUUGAUAAAAGCAUGCAGUCAAUUGGAAGUGGAAAUCUGAACAUGGGAAGGAAGGAUUUUGGGAAUCAGUAUGGUAAUGAUCCAUCUGUGGGACUGUCAAUAUCUCAUACCAUAGGAGACCCUUCACAGUGUCUGAAUUUUGGUGGCAUCAGGAAAGUUAAAGUUAAUGAAGUUAGAGAUUCUGAGCAUAGCAUGCCAGCUGCAUCCAUAGGACACUCCUAUAGUAGGGCUGAUAACAGUACAAUUUCAAUGAGUUCUGGUUACGAUAAGAAUGAUGGCAAUAAUACAUCGGGCCCAACUUAUAACAAUGGAUGUGACAACACCACUGCUAUGGGGUUAAGCAAGACUGAUGACAGUCUCCUUGCAAUGGGUCACUUCUUCAAUAAAGGGGAUGGUAGUUUUAUGUUGAUGGGUCACAAUUAUGGCAGUGGAUCACAAUUAUCAAUGGGUCGGUCCUUUGACAGGGGAGAUGGAAAUUUCAUAACAAUGGGUCAGUCAUAUGGAAAGGAAGAUGGCAAUUUAAUAUCUCUAGGAACCUCAUAUUCCAAGGGGCAUGAGAGCUUUACAUCAAUGGGUCCAACCUAUGGUAAAUCAGGAGAAAAUUUUACAACUGUUACUCCUUCCUAUGACAAGGGCACCGAUCAGUUAAUAUCAAUGGGUCCAGUAUAUGAUAAAUUGAAUUCAAAUAUUGCUUCAACAGUUCCAUCAUUUGAUAGCAGCAAUUGUAGCUCUUUCCAUAUGGGUCAAAACUUCAAUAAGUUUCAGGGCAGUGCCAUAUCUUUUGGAGGUUUUCAUGUUGAUCCUGAAUCAAAUCCCUCUGGUGGAAUCAUUAAUAAUUCUGAUUCCUUAAUAGGAAACCAGAACUCAGCUCAAGGUGUGGAUAGGCAGAACGAUCUGACCGAAUCAAACCCCGAUCCGCUUGUAAAUAACACCCCAAAACCUAAUGCUAAAACGGAUAUUGUUGUUAAGAAUAAAGAGCCAAAGCCCAAGAAGGCUUCUACUAACAACUUCCCUUCAAACGUCAAAAGUUUGUUGUCAACUGGUAUUUUUGAUGGUGUUGCAGUGAUAUAUUGUACAUGGUCAAGGGAGAGAAAUCUUAAAGGAGUCAUAAAAGGAACUGGUUACUUAUGUUCCUGUGAUGACUGCAAGGAUCAAAAGGCUCUUAAUGCAUAUGAGUUUGAGCGUCAUGCCGGGGCCAAAACAAAACACCCUAAUAAUCACAUAUUCUUUGAGAAUGGAAAAUCCAUCUAUGCUGUUGUUCAGGAGCUGAAAAACACUCCUCAGGAAAUGCUUUUCGAUGCAAUUCAGACCGUGACUGGAUCCACCAUCAACCAAAGGAACUUCCGUAUUUGGAAAGCAUCAUACCAAGCUGCAACUCGUGAGCUUCGGCGCAUCUAUGGAAAGGAUGACGUGGUCAUACCAUCGUAAGUUCGGUGUUCUUCUCGAAAGUUCAGAACAUUUCGUAGAUAUGUAAUUUGUUCAGUGUGUGAAUGGCAGCUUCAAAGUUUAUGACUUUGUAAUUGAAAAUUUUAGUUGGCUUUUAGGAACUUGAAUGCUUUAUUUAUGGAAAUGAAGAUAUCUAUUUUGUGGUUCCAUUUCA